AUGGAACUGGGAGUGAGCAAACAACAGAAGCUCUUCCUCGUCACGGUCUUCCCUUGGACCUCGAGGCGACCCAGGCACAGGGUGAGCUUCCUCGUCGUGGUCCUCGCAUGGUCUAGUUUAUUUUGCUGCUCUUUCUUAACAGAUCUCCGGAUGCCGUCCGUGCUGGAGGACCUACUGGAGAAUCCCAGCUAUAAACAUCAGGAGCGCAGCCGCGACCAUGGUGGCGUCGUCGCGACCAAUAUGCUUGUAGAGGACAUAAGCAACUCCCAGGGCCUGCACGAAAAGAGCCAGCAGGUGGCGCAGCCAGAGCUGGUUGUCCGCGAGUGCGUAGGCAGUGAUGGUGUCCUGGCUACCAAGGUGCAGCAAGAGGAAGGGCGCCCAGAACGCGACCAGCUGGUGCUCGCUCGACCAGCCGCUGAUGGAGAGGUGGCCCAGAGUGUAUAUCGCCGUGGAGUCCGCCAUGAGGUACGCCAGCCAUAG